UCAGCCAAUCCGCUGCUGCCGGCGUCGGGUGCGCUCGGCCUCGCCCGCGGCCCUCCUUCCCCGGCGCCCGCUCGCCGCUCGCUCACUCCACCGCCGCCGCCGCCGCCGCCGCCACUGCCGCUGCCGCACCUCCGUAGCUGACUAGGUUCUCUCUGAAGAUGGCAGAAGCUCACCAAGCUGUGGCCUUUCAGUUCACGGUCACUCCGGACGGGAUUGACCUGCGGCUGAGCCACGAAGCUCUUAGACAGAUCUAUCUCUCUGGACUUCAUUCCUGGAAAAAGAAGUUCAUCAGAUUCAAGAACGGCAUCAUCACUGGCGUGUACCCGGCGAGCCCUUCCAGUUGGCUCAUCGUGGUGGUGGGUGUGAUGACAACGAUGUAUGCCAAGAUCGACCCCUCGUUAGGAAUAAUUGCAAAAAUCAAUCGGACCCUGGAAACGACCAACUGCAUGUCCAGCCAGACGAAGAACGUGGUCAGCGGCGUACUGUUUGGCACCGGGCUGUGGGUGGCCCUCAUUGUCACCAUGCGCUACUCCCUGAAAGUGCUGCUCUCCUACCACGGGUGGAUGUUCACUGAGCACGGCAAGAUGAGUCGCGCCACCAAGAUCUGGAUGGGUAUGGUCAAGAUCUUUUCAGGCCGAAAACCCAUGUUGUACAGCUUCCAGACAUCGCUGCCUCGCCUGCCGGUCCCGGCUGUCAAAGACACUGUGAACAGGUAUCUAGAGUCGGUGAGGCCUCUUAUGAAGGAAGAAGACUUCAAACGGAUGACGGCACUUGCUCAAGAUUUUGCUGUCGGUCUUGGACCAAGAUUACAGUGGUAUUUGAAGUUAAAAUCCUGGUGGGCUACAAAUUACGUGAGCGACUGGUGGGAGGAGUACAUCUACCUCCGAGGACGAGGGCCGCUCAUGGUGAACAGCAACUACUAUGCCAUGGAUCUGCUGUAUAUCCUUCCAACUCACAUUCAGGCAGCAAGAGCUGGCAACGCCAUCCAUGCCAUCCUGCUUUACAGGCGGAAACUGGACCGGGAGGAAAUCAAACCAAUUCGUCUUUUGGGAUCCACAAUUCCACUCUGCUCCGCUCAGUGGGAGCGGAUGUUUAAUACUUCCCGGAUCCCAGGAGAGGAGACAGACACCAUCCAGCACAUGAGAGACAGCAAGCACAUCGUCGUGUACCAUCGAGGACGCUACUUCAAGGUCUGGCUCUACCAUGACGGGCGGUUGCUGAAGCCCCGGGAGAUGGAGCAGCAGAUGCAGAGGAUCCUGGACAACACCUCGGAGCCUCAGCCCGGGGAGGCCAGGCUGGCAGCCCUCACCGCAGGAGACAGAGUUCCCUGGGCCAGGUGUCGCCAGGCCUAUUUUGGACGUGGGAAAAAUAAGCAGUCUCUUGAUGCCGUGGAGAAAGCAGCGUUCUUCGUGACGUUAGAUGAAACUGAAGAAGGAUACAGAAGUGAAGACCCGGAUACGUCGAUGGACAGCUACGCCAAAUCUCUGCUACAUGGCCGAUGUUACGACAGGUGGUUUGACAAGUCGUUCACGUUUAUUGUCUUCAAAAACGGGAAGAUGGGCCUCAACGCGGAACACUCCUGGGCAGAUGCGCCGAUCAUGGCCCACCUUUGGGAGUACGUCAUGUCCACUGACAGCCUCCAGCUGGGCUAUGCAGAGGAUGGUCACUGCAAAGGCGACACCAAUCCGAACAUUCCGUACCCCACCAGGCUGCAGUGGGACAUCCCGGGGGAAUGUCAAGAGGUUAUAGAGACCUCCCUGAACACCGCAAAUCUUCUGGCAAACGACGUGGAUUUCCAUUCCUUCCCAUUCGUUGCCUUUGGUAAAGGAAUCAUCAAGAAAUGUCGCACGAGCCCGGACGCCUUUGUGCAGCUGGCCCUCCAGCUGGCGCACUACAAGGACAUGGGCAAGUUUUGCCUCACAUACGAGGCCUCCAUGACCCGGCUCUUCCGAGAGGGGAGGACGGAGACCGUGCGCUCCUGCACCACUGAGUCGUGUGACUUCGUACGGGCCAUGGUGGACCCGGCCCAGACGGUGGAACAGAGGCUGAAAUUGUUCAAGUUGGCGUCUGAGAAACAUCAGCAUAUGUAUCGCCUCGCCAUGACCGGCUCUGGGAUCGAUCGUCACCUCUUCUGCCUUUACGUGGUGUCUAAAUAUCUCGCCGUGGAGUCCCCUUUCCUUAAGGAAGUUUUAUCUGAGCCUUGGAGAUUAUCAACAAGCCAGACCCCUCAGCAGCAAGUGGAGCUGUUUGACUUGGAGAAUAACCCAGAGUACGUGUCCAGCGGAGGGGGCUUUGGACCGGUUGCUGACGACGGCUAUGGUGUGUCAUACAUCCUUGUGGGAGAGAACCUCAUCAAUUUCCACAUUUCUUCCAAGUUCUCUUGCCCUGAGACGGAUUCUCAUCGCUUUGGAAAGCACCUGAAAGAAGCAAUGAUUGACAUCAUCACUUUGUUUGAUCUCAGUUCUAAUUCCAAAAAGUAAUUCCACUGGAGCUGCUGGGAAGGAAAAUGAGCUCUUCUGAUACAAACCAAAUGAAAAAUAGGCAUUAAUCCUGAUCUUAGUUCGGGAUGAAAAAUUGCUCUUAAAAAAACUCAGAAGUUUUCCUUCCAGAAAAUUUGGGUGUUUUUUUUUUUCCUAGAACAGUAUCUCUACCCUGUGAAGCAUAACCCCACUACUUCCAGACUUGCCCUCCCUUGGGGGACAUUUGAUAAAGUCUCCCCUGAUGUCUCGGCAUCGGCUUGGAUUUAUUAAGGGAUGCAAAUCUUGUUGAGUUAAUGAAGGAAUUAGUAGGGUUGUGGCUUCACACACAAUGGAAUGGAAAUGGUGUGCUUUCUCAGUGGCAACUGAAGUCCUAGUGCUUAAGGGCAUUUAGCAUCAUCCAAGCAGGGUAAACUUUUGUUUUGUUAAAAGAAAAA